CAUCACCUUAACGACGUUCACGAGAAGAUGUAUUGAAAAUGUAGGUUCCUGGGCUUACCUCAGGUGUUCUGAGCGGGGUUCUCUAGAUUUGGUGGGUCACAGUACAGCGUAAAGCACUCCACGUGAUUCUUGGGUACUCUAAACUCACAGGGUGUUGUGUUCCGUCUGAUAAUUGACUGCUUGGCAUAAAAUUGUAGCCAAGGCUCUCGAGUGACCUUUACAAAACCUGUCACUGCACUCACACUCCGCUCCUCACGGUUUUAUUUUCUCCCCGUGAGGCGAGGCGAGCAGGCCGAGGCGGGGCUGCUCCGAGCCGGGCGGGGUUGGGCGGAGCUGGGCCAGCGAGCCCGGCCUGGCCGCGGUGGAGGGGGAAGAGUUAAUGGCUCCACCAGCCGCCGCCGCCCUCUGAACUGGAACGGAAACCAACUUCCGGUUGGAGUCCCUCGGCCAGGCGCCGGCAGCCUGAGGCGUGAGCGAGCGUGGCGGAAUCCCCGAAAUACCUGUCAUUUGCUCCAUCCUUUAUAGUGAUGCUACGGGGCACAGAGGAAUGGAUACAAACAUUGGUGAGCAGCUCAAUAAGGCAUACGAAGCCUUCCGACAGGCAUGCAUGGAUAGAGAUAAUGCAGUGAGAGAACUACAGCAAAAGACUGAGAACUAUGAACAGAGGAUACGUGAGCAACAGGAACAGCUGUCAGUUCAGCAAGCUAUUAUUGACAAGCUCAAAUCACAGUUACUGCUUGUGAAUUCUAAUCGAGAUGACAGUUAUGGCUAUCUUCCCCUGCUUGAAGACAGUGGAACAAAGAACAAUCUGACUUUUGAUCAACCACAUGAUAAAGUGAAAUCAGGAGCAACGAGAGAAAAACAGUCCAAGGUUCACCUGCCAAAUGCCUCCAACCACCAAAGCUGGGCUGGGACUGAAUCUAGGAGCUGGGAACUCAAUCCAAGUGUCCCACAGAGAUCCAUGGUAAGAAACCAAGAGCUUUCUUCUCCUAGAAAAGAAACAUCAGCAAGGAGUCUUGGCGUUCCUUUAUUCCAUGAAAGGGGUAAUGUAGAGAAGACUUUCUGGGAUCUGAAGGAAGAAUUUCACAGAAUAUGCCUGCUAGCAAAAGCACAAAAAGAUCACUUAAGCAAACUUAAUAUACCAAACACUGCAAUUGAAACACAGUGUUCAGUGCCUAUACAGUGUACGGAUAAAACAGAUAAACAAGAAGCGCUGUUUAAGCCUCAGGCUAAAGAUGAUAUAAAUAGAGGUACACCAUGCAUCACAUCUGUCACAGCAAGAGGACUGGGCAGAGAUGAAGAAGACACCUCUUUUGAGUCGCUAUCUAAACUCAAUGUCAAGUUUCCUCCUGUGGACAGUGACUCCACUUUCUUACACAGCACUUCAGAGCUCCCCAACAUCCUUGGUGCUGCCACAUCGGAGGCGAUGCGCCAGGACAUACUGAAUAUGGAGCUCAGAGACAAUCCAGGACACUUUGCUGGCACUGAAGAAACUGCAGUGGAAAGUCAGGGAAUUGACCCCAUAGCUUCAGCUAUACAAAACCUCAAAACAACUGACAAAACAAAAACCUCAGAUCUUGUAAACAUUUGUAUCAGGACAACUCUGGAUAGAGCUGCGCGCUUGCCACCUGGAGACCAUAAUGCCUUAUAUGUAAAUACAUUCCCACUUCAGGACUCGUCUGAUGCACCUUUCCCCUCACUCAGUUCCUCAGGAAAAGCUAUCCGUGGACCACAGCAGCCUAUUUGGAAGCCCUUUCCUAAUCAAGAAAGUGACUUAGUGGUACUAAGUGGCACAGAUUCAGAACUGCAUAUACCUCGAGUAUGUGAAUUCUGUCAAGCAGUUUUCCCACCAUCUAUUACAUCCAGGGGGGAUUUCCUCCGGCAUCUUAAUUCACACUUUAAUGGGGAGACUUAAGACACAUUUGAAAACAAACAUCAGAUUCUGUGAGAUGUUUUUGGGUUUUGUAAUACUAUAAAUACUUGAUUGUAAACUAAAUUCAAGAUCAUUUAUAGAAAAACUCUAGUGUCACAGCUAUUUGAAUUUUUUCUAGACUCAUUUUGUAACUUUUAUUAUCCUAUAAAAGAUCAUUAUAUACAAAACUGUAAUUCAUUUUGUGCAUGUUUACAGUUUUAUUAUGAUUCAAAAUUAUGCGUGAUUUAAAAGAGUUCCAUUACCAUAAUUUAUAUUUGUUUCAAUUCUGUAAGCUUGUUACUUGGGUUUCUAAUGAAACUGAAUUUGGUGAUAUCAGAUUUUUAUAGGGUCUUGUUUUUGCAUUUUUAAGUUUAGAUUAUUUAUGUAUAGGUGAUGUUCUUUCUGAAUAAACCUGUAAUUGAGAAUGAGACAGCUAAAUGUCUAAGUGCUACCCCUUAUACGCUUGUUUACCCAGUGAUAAAAUCACUGAUAGAACUAUUUAAAAACUUGAGAUUGUUUUUCAAAUAAUAUACAUGGUUUUAAUUUUUACUGUGUGUAUAGCUACAUGCUUAUUAUAAAUUAAUUAUUAAAAGAAUUACUUUUAUGGGAAA